AAUGAAGCGUCAUCCUUUUCUGAUGUAGAGCGGCACGGCGGCCUUUCUCUCUGCUGCUCUACGUUUCUCCUCCUUCCUUCACAGUCUGUCCGCUCUUAUCCCGGUUAUAUCAGCUUCUGAGUGUUUCUCCCAACAACCAUGACGGGUGUUAAGUCUCCUCUUCUCUUGGCUCUCCUGCUGGCCGCUGUGAGCUCGCAGGUCUCAGCGGAGAUGCUGAACGAGGACGUGAAGAGGACCGUGGAUCUGGGCACUCAUCUGGCUAAGAUCACCACCGAGAUCGUGAUGUCCAACCAGGGACACUCUGCCGUCCACAGCUUCAUCUUAGCGGUGGAGGCUGACCUGGCACCGCACCUGGCUCACAUCGGAGCCUCGGUGAAGGGUGAUGAAGAGGAGGAUGGCACACUGGAACUCCAACAGACAACAAUUCAGGGCCAAAGUGGCGUUUUUUUCAAAGUGCUGCUGCCCUCCAGUCUGGCAGCAGGUGCUCAGCUGAAAGCCAAGGUGGACAUGACAUUAAGCCACGUCCUGAAGCCCUUCCCCUCACACAUCACACAGGCUGAGCGCCAGCUGGUGGUCUUCCAGGGGAACCACUACCUGUACUCCCCGUACCCCACUCGAAGCCAGACUACGCGUGUCCGCCUGGCCUCCAAGACUGUGGAGACCUACACCAAGCUGGGUAACCCCAGCAAGAACGAUGAGAUCAUUGAGUACGGACCUUUCCGUGACGUGGCUCCGUUCAGCGAGGAUACAAUGAAGAUCCAUUACGAAAACAACUCGCCCUUCCUCACCAUCAGCAGCAUCAUUCGGACCAUUGAGGUCUCUCACUGGGGCAACAUAGCUGUGGAAGAGACCAUCGACUUGAGGCACACAGGAGCUGUCCUGAAGGGGCCUUUUUCACGUUACGACUAUCAGCGUCAGUCAGACAGCGGCAUCUCAUCCGUCAAGUCCUUCAAGACUAUCCUCCCUGCCUCGGCCCAGGACGUCUACUACAGAGAUGAGAUUGGCAACAUCUCCACCUCCCAUCUGCAGAUUCUGGAGGAUUCAGUGGAGGUGGAGGUCAGGCCUCGCUUCCCCUUGUUCGGAGGCUGGAAGACCCACUACAUCAUCGGCUACAAUCUGCCCAGCUACGAGUACCUCUACACCCUGGGCGACCAGUAUGCACUGAAGAUGAGGCUAGUUGACCAUGUGUAUGAUGACCAGGUGAUCGACUCCCUCACUGUGAAAAUCAUCCUCCCAGAGGGGGCCAGAAACAUCAACGUGGAAACACCUUACAAAAUUGAUCGCUUGCCAAACCAGCUGCACUACACGUAUCUGGAUACGUUUGGCCGACCAGUGCUGAUCGCCACUAAGAACAACCUGGUGGAGCAUCACAUUCAGGAUGUUGUGGUUCAUUAUAACUUCAACAGGAUCCUGAUGCUGCAGGAGCCUCUCUUGGUCGUAGGGGCCUUCUACAUCCUCUUCUUCACCGUCAUCAUCUAUGUCCGCCUGGACUUUGCCAUCACAAAGGAUCCUGCGGCUGAGGUGCGUAUGAAGGUGGCCUCCAUCACCGAGCAGGUGCUGACUCUGGUCAACAAGCGUCUGGGUCUGUACCGACACAUGGACGAGGUGGUCAACCGCUACAAGCAGUCCCGCGACACGGGGGCGCUAAACAGCGGUCGAAAGACGCUGGAGGCCGACCAUCGCACCCUCACCAACGAAAUCAGCUCGCUGCAGGCCCGCCUCAAAGCCGAGGGCUCCGACUUGGCUGAUAAGGUCGGGGAGGUGCAGAAGCUGGACGGCCAGGUGAAGGAGCUGGUGUGCCGCUCCAGCCAGGAGGCGGAGCGGCUGGUGGCGGGUAAGGUCAAGAAGGAGGCUUACAUCGAGAGUGAGAAGAAUCUGACGGGCAAGAGGCAGGAGCUCGUCGGCCGCGUCGACAGUCUGCUGGACGCCCUCUAAACUACUCCGGCCACACUCGCACACAUAAACAGACACACACCAUCCCGGCUACAACAUACAACCAACUGUUUGUAUGAAUGAGAGUUAAAUGAAAUGUGACACCAUCUCUUUCUUUUUACCAUCUUUGAAGCCAGACAUGGACAAUUAACAUCUCAUCUUCUGGUAGUGAUGGGUUUAUCCAAACACUUGUGCCUUGUGAUAAACUUGAGGUCACUGCACGCUCGGCUCUACAGCAGCUACGUCACAACUUUGUUUUGUUUGUCUGUUUUUGAGUUUGUUGAGCUAAACUUAAACUUUGUCGCACUGCUCAGACUUGACACGUUUUCAUUUUGAUGUUCAAAUCUGGACUUUGUAUUUUUUUUCCCUCCUAAGUGUGUAUGGUUAUGGGACUUUUUUUGGAAACUAAUAGCAGAAGGGCCCAAGUGUUUUCGUUCUCAUGUCUUUACUCACAUACUCUUAAGAUUGAAUCAUUUCUAGUUCUUGAGUAUGAAGGUGAUCUUCUUCCAAUCAUAUCUCUUUUGCACUUCAACUUUUUUCUACUCGCCCCCUGGACUGACAUUAAUAUUUGAACAAAUUUGAAGCUCUAGUUCCGUGUCAUCCCAAAUGCUUGUUUUUUGAUGUUCCUCAGUCAUAUUUUCUACAUUUUGUAUGAUUUUGUUUUGUAAGUUUUGACCAUGAGAUUAGUGAAUACAUGAGAUUAGGUCGUAUGUGAUGAAAGACAUGGGAGAUGGGACAUAGGUGUUUGUGAAAUGGGCACUGAUAUGGAAAGCUGUUCAAUUUGAAAUAAAGUUUUGAGAAAGUCC